AGGUGAACCAAUUUAAAAAUCCCCACUGUAGCACCAGGAGAGCAUGUCAUUGACAGAGAUGGCUAAUAUGGCACCUUUUCUCCUCUUGCUGUGGGUUGGUGUCACAAUGACCACAGCUCUGGAUCUGCAGAAGAGAAUCAUUGGAGGUCAAAGAUGUUCAGAUGAUGAGCGUCACUACCAUGUGAAAUUGAUGAUGUGGAAUCAUAACUAUGAGAGAUCCUUCUGUGGUGGCUCUCUGAUCAGUCAACAUUGGAUUCUGACUGCAGCUCAUUGCUUGGUGCCAAGAGGGGUUAUAUAUGCAGUUUUAAAUGUGCAUCCUUGUCCAAGAGAACUAGUACAAAUCAAAGAGCCUCCUAAGAUCUAUAGAGACUCCAGUGGCAGGGAUCAUGACCUCAUGCUACUGAAGCUACCUAAGCCAGCUGGUAUCCAAUCUAACGAUCUUCCCAUCCUACCGAACGAAGAAGUUUGUCCUGAAAUAGGUGCUACACUUCAGACUGCCGGUCACACUGCUCCAGGGACACUCCUAUAUGGACAUCAAUACUGUUUUGAAUCACCUACUCUCCAAUGUGCAAACAUCAAAGUUGUUGACUGUAACCCGUUACUAACCUCUUUGAAAAACGAUCCAAUUUAUUACACAUCAAAACAUCAGAACAUCUUCUGUGGCUGGGCUGAUAAAGUGGAUACGUGUCCUGGUGACUCUGGUGGAGGAGUGGUUGACCAACACAAGAAGAUUCAUGGUGUCAUUUCAUUUGGUGAUUUUGUCAUCCCCAGUUCUAUACCAAAUGCAUUCAUGAAACUCUGUAAAAAAGAAUACCUUGACUGGAUCAAAAAAGAAGCUAAAGACCCAUAACAAUGUCCAAAGUGUAUUUAACAGGCAUUUCACAUAUCUUAAGAAAACUGUUGCUUUGAACUUACAGUGGAUACAUUUACAAUUGGCUGGUUUACAUUAAAUAUUCAAUUAUCAUUUGUCAAGCCCUUCAACACUUUUCCAUUUUUUUAGAAAUUUAAUUUAAAUUUGUACAAUUGUAUAUCUUCCUAAAUGUAAAUUCAACAGAUUUUCCCUGUUAUUACACAGUCAUUGUAUGGAAAAACUACAAGGAGUCAUAAUAAAAGUCUCUUCUUUUAGCA